AAGAGAGAGAGAGAGAGAGAGAGAGAGAGAGAGAGAGAGAGAGAGAGAGAGAGAGAGAGAGAGGAAGUGACCAAUCACUGUUCUAUGAACACGCGUGCAUGCUCGUGUGUGAUUAUCAUAAAAGAGUAUGUGUCAUUCAUCCCUGGUGUUAACGGUUACGUAGUACUCUCGCGAUCAUCAGCUGUACUCCCGGAGAGAGCUUGAGGCUCAUAUCUAUGGAUAAGGCUGAGACCUUUCACACAACCCACUCCCAACCUUCUUGUUCAAGGACAGUACCAACGGAGCGCUAGCGUCAGUGUGUCAAGUGAUAGGCGAAGAAGUUACCACUGAGCUUGUGAGUAGUGUGUGUGUGUGUGUGUGUGUGUGUGUGUGUGUGUGUGUGUGUGUGUGUGUGUGUGUGUGUGUGUGUGUGUGUGUGUGUGUAUGUGUGUGUGUGUAACCACACAUACAUUCAAACGGUCAGUCAUCUGGGUGUAAGCGAUGCAAGUGUAAAGAAGUGUUGGUGCUGGUGCUGCCUGCCUGGUGCCCGUCGCAUCACCAUGACCGUCAGCUACACAAAGAAAGUCUCCGAUUGUAAGGGAUUUGGAUCCUUCUGGCGACUGCUCUUCAGAUGGCGAGGCAGCUUGUACAAGCUGGUAUGGCCAGACACGUGUGUGUACUGCAUGCUGUACUUCCUGUGCUCCAUGGUGUACAGGUUUGGCCUCGACGAGGAGCAGCGAAGGAUCUUCGAGCACGUAGCCCUCUACUGCGACUACUUCAGAAACCUCAUCCCCAUCUCCUUCGUGCUGGGCUUCUACGUGAGUGUGGUGGUGCAGCGGUGGUGGGAGCAGUACCUGUCUAUUCCCUGGCCAGACUCCCUGGCGCUGCUGUGCACGGCCUACAUCGGCGGCAGGGGUGAAAGGGAAAGGAGCAUAAGGGCGACAGUGCUACGCUACGUCAAUCUGUGCUGCGCCUUAACGUUUUCCACCAUCUCGCCGCGGGUUGGCAGGAAAUUCCCGAGUUACAAGGAACUGAUGGAAGCAGGUUACCUCACGCCGCGGGAAAUGAAGGUGCUAGAGAACCAGAGAGGCAGGUCGUCCGCCGCCCUCACCACUCUGCCAAUGAUGUGGGCGUGCAAGGUGGUGGAGGGGGCGCGGACAUGUGGCUACGUAAGGGACGACCACGGCCUUCGACUACUGGUGGCGGAGUUGAUGGCACUGCGAGACAAGGCGGGCAUGUUGGUGCGCUGGACGGACAUUAGCAUACCGCUCGUGUAUACCCAGGUGGCCACAAUGGCAGUAUACUCGUUCUUCUCCUUCUCCGUGCUGGGGCGUCAGUUUCUGGACCCCGGACAGCACUACACCAACCGCACCAUUGACUUCUUCGUGCCAAUAUUCACGCUGCUGCAGUUCGUCUUCUACAUGGGCUGGCUUAAGGUUGCCGAAUCUCUGGUGAACCCUUUUGGGGAGGACGAUGACGACUUCGAGCUGGAGUGUAUCCUGGAGCGACAUCUCAAGAUGUCGUACUUGCUUGGAGACGUAACGCCGAGCGACGAUCCGCUAGCGGAAGACGACGAGGACGACUGCCGCUGGAAGGUGUGCCCCGGGGCCUAUGCGGCGCCCACGGAAGACCUGGCCUUCCUCACCCACUCGGGACGGCGCAGGGAGGCCAGGCUGCGGCGUAGUAUGGAAGGGGAGGCAGCGGCGGCUGCGGCUGCGGCCUCCUCCUUUAGGAGAACUGAAAGUGAUUUGGAGACAGCUAUCUUGGCACCUGAGUCCAUGUGUAGCAGGGGCGGCGACUUCGUGUGGGAGGAGAUGGACUUGAGUGGACCGGCAGACGCCACGCUAACCCCUGGUACCACCACCCCCACCACCACCACUCCCACUGCAGGCUAUCCCCUCUACCCACGCAAGCCCAGCCACCCCCUCCAGUCCCAACCCGCCUCCGGCCCAACCACCCCGACAGGCAGUAACCCCAUGCUGUGUCCUAGCAGCGUGGCGGCGGCCCCCACGAUCACUACCACCACGCCCACACCACCACGCUCCCCCAGAGAGGAGGAGAAUGCGUCACGAGACAUUGAGAUGCGCCACACCGCCACACCGAGCUACACUCAGCCUGGCCACACUUCCCCAACCAUCUACUCCCAGGCUGGCCAUCCUCUCCUUGGCCACACCACCACACUGGCUAGCCACACCCACACUGACCCUUCCCACCACAGCAUACAAAGCAGCUCUCUCCCUGGUCACAACAGCAAAACCACCACCACCUCUCCGAGCCACACCACCACUCCUGAUCACUCCUUCUCAGGCCACAUGGCACAGUGCGGCGGCUCGAACACCUCGCACACCCCGCACACCUCCCACCGCCCCAACAGGAGCGGCCUGACCCUCGACGGCAUCAUCAACCCAAUGUACACACACUGGUGCGAGUGUCAUUCACCCAUGGGAUCGUCUUCUAGUCUCGCGACACACAUUACAAGUUGCACAGAACUGUGUAUACUGUUUCUCGACGUGAUCCUCUGCAAAGGCGUCAUUCUGAAAGUCCUGUCUGUGCCACCAUGGGUGACGAUCGACUAUCUAAACCUCCAAAAGCAGAAGGGAGCGACCGUUGAAGCCUCCAAAUAGAAGAAUCGCAGUAGAAAUGUUCACCAGAACUAUACGGAUAAAAAUCUAGACGGAGGUAGACAAAGGUUGGAUCUAAGUACAUGUACUUAUACUUGGAUUUAGGUACGUACAUAUAUUUCAUGCACUUGUACCUUGAGUUUGUAAAUAUUAUCGUACUUGUACUUAGAUCUUAAUUACUUGAAAAAUCAGCGAUUACUCUCAAGUACGAUCAAGAACUUUGUAUUAUUUUAAGGGAGGUGCCACCGAUAAUUCAGGAGGGAAAACGUUGUUAUGUCUAAAAAUAUAGAAUGAAAAAAAAAACUAAAAAUAAGGUAUGAAUAAAACUAUAUUAGGAAGCUGGCAUUUACUCUGUUCUCUCGCUCGGCUGGAAAUUAAUGGCAUCAUCACCCAGCGGCGAAAGUUAGCCAAGCUGUCCUUUCGCGGUUAAACAAAAUCAAACGUUACGUCUUCACUUUUUUUCAGCCAAGGUAAUACCAUUAUUUAAAUUACUCUUAAGGCAUUUCUUCUGUGUCACUAUUCUGUAAUGGAGCCGGUGGUGUGUUAAAUAAAGUAAAAUUUUCUA